UGGAAGGAUGUCUUGACGCGCGUCCGUUCUGAAUUUGGUCUGGCAGCAGUAGCAACUACGACUACGACUAACCAGAAGCAGAGCCGCAGCAGCAGCAGUGAAAGAGGCGCAACCGAGUGUUGUUAUUAUUAAUAGAUCUAUUGGACAAUCAGCAUAAUAGGCUAGCCAGUCGCAGCUCUAGACAUUGAGACGUUAAAUAGUAUAUAUGGCCAUGCCCAAACAAUAAAAGAGAAAACAAAUCGAAGACAAGCGCAAGCGAGUAAACAAAGAGUGACAACGCUUAUCACAAAACAAAACUAACACGCAACUAACAAGAAGAAGAACAAGAAAUCAGUGCUUGCACACUCAGCUGACAGUCAAUCAGAGUAUCGGCGUAUAUCUCUAACAAUUCUUCAAUAACGAUAAUAAACGCGCAACGUCAGUCGUAAUUGGUAGCUUGAGUGGAGCUGUCGCGUUCAAUCUAGCGAGGAUCUCUCAAAUCUUUGGACGCUGUUCGCUUAUCGCCGUCGCUUGGCUUGACUUUUUGACACGCUUCAUAGUCCUUGGGCUUGCUAGCGUCUAAAAAGGAGCUGCCCAACUGAUAUGCACUGAUAUUUUUUAUGGCGUGCCCGUGCCGCCUGUGCUAAUGAUGUCGCGUCGAAGACUGGAACAGCAAGCGGCAGCAGCAGCAUCAUCGUCAUCAACAUCGAAUCCGUUCCGCCUUCAAAGCUAAACGUGUGUGUGUGUGUACGUGUGUGUGUGUGUGCAUUUGUUAGUGUGUGUUGUUGUGUCUAAUUUGCGUCUCCGUCGUGGCCAUAAACUGUGAGCAACGCCUAUGCCAAGUGGCGCACUCUAUAAUCGAAAUUAAAGCGUGCUUUAGUCUUAUCGCUAACUUGCAUAUAUAAAAUAAUUGGCAACGUUGCCAAUUACAAACCAACCAAGACCAAUUAACACGCAUUCUACGCAUAUAUAUAUAUAUAUAUAAAUAAGCAACAAAGCAGUAGCAAUCAAACUUUAAAUAUAUUAAAACAAACGAUCGUACUACAUGAUGGACUUUCAAAGCGCCAUGGAAACCUUUGCCGAAGCCUGGGUGGCAGCCAAUGCCGGACAGCAGAGCCAAGCGCUGGCGCUGACACGUGCAGCGGCUGUAGCUGCAGCCAGCGCGAAUGCCAAGUCGCCAUCAGCAGCAGCCAGUCUAAUGGACAUGGCUGUGAAAAAGGAGCACAGCCUCUCACCCAAUCACAAUGUGCUGCCCACAGAGCAGGAGCAGCAGCAGCAGCAGCUGCAGCACAGACGCGCCUCGCUGCAAGGCGUGCAGGAGAAGCUCAAUCAGCUGCAGAUGCAGCAUCAGCAGCAGCCCAUAAAUGUGGAGCAUGCUGGCAGUCCAAAUGCGCUGGCGCAGCAGCAGCAAGCACAGCAGCAGCAACAGUCACAGCAGCAGCAGCAACAUGGCUCUGAUGCUGGCAGCGUUACCGCUUUAAGCUCCUCGGCGGGCAGCAGCAACGCAUCGCUGGCUGCAACGCCCAAAAGCGAGCGCGAGGAACGCGGCAGCAUCUCCUGUUUGCCGCCAGCAGCGCUGGGCAUGGCAGUGGGCGCAGUCCAAGCGCAGCAGCAAGCAGAGAAGCUGCUCAGUCAUCCAGCGCUGGAGUCGCGACGUGAAUUUGAUGUUAGCAAAGUAAAUCCCAAGUCGCUUCCACUGCACUGCGUGGUGGAGUCGGUGCAUUCGUUGCAUGCCUCGCUCACCAUCGACACACGCCAGCAGUGGAAACGUCGGCCCAAUAUCGAGACAGACAGCUAUGUGAUCAUAGCAGCGGCAACGCCCUGGAGCGAAAUAGUGCAGACAGCGCUGCAGCGUCUGGGCUACUCCCAGGAGGUGGCAAACACAGCAAGAGGUUCGCUUAUAAUCAAACACUGGAAGCCCAUACCAUUGGAGCAGAUCUCGGACCAUCCCGCAAUGCCUGUGAGCGAUAUUGUGGGUGAACUGACAUCGGUUAUAACAUUGAGAAUUGUUAUACUGCGACCCAAGGCAUCGCCCUAUGGCGAGAUCAAGGACAAACUGCUCAAGCUGCUGGUGCUGCAGUCGCAUGCGCUGCUACGCUCCACCGGCUGCCCGCUGGAUGAGGUGACGCUAUCGCAGAUUUGCCGCAGCUCGCACCAAAACACGUACGCGUUGCCAGGUGGUGAAAUCAACGAUGAGCUGCGUCGCAAGUUCGAGCAGUGGUGGUCGAAUCAGCUGUCGCCACAAGCGGCGAUGACGCCCAAGCUGCUGCCGUUUAUGAAUGCACCCAGUGCCAUGCCCGCUGUGCCUGGUGACAUGGAUUUUCCAGUGGGCAGCGCUAUGGCGGCGGCUGCAGCUGCAGCGGCACAUGCGGCUGCUGCCAAUCCGCUGAAUGCCAUGGGCAGUCGCGAGUCGCUGCUGCUGGCGAAUGAGGCAGCGCAUCAUGCGCCAGUGAAUCAAAGCAGCGCUGCGCAUCAUGCGGCCAAUAUGCUGGUGCAUCCCAUGCAUGCGGGCAUGCAUCAUCAUCAUCAUGCGAGCGCACAUGGCGCGCAGUAUCCGAAUCAGAAAACGCGCAUGCGCACCAGCUUUGAUCCCGAGAUGGAGCUGCCCAAGCUGCAGAAAUGGUUUCAGGAGAAUCCGCAUCCCAGUCGCCAGCAAAUACAAACCUAUGUGGCGCUAAAUGGCUGGACUUCGCGACGCGGCCGCAAGCCGCUGGAUGUGAACAACGUUGUCUAUUGGUUUAAAAAUGCGCGCGCAGCGCAGAAGCGCGCGGAAAUGCGCGGCGGCAGCUUGGGCAAUGCCAUGAGCGCGCUGGGACAUGCGGCUAUGAAUGGCUAUCUAAGUCAACAUGCGCCGCUGGGGCAGAACUCGAGCAGCAGCGCUGGCAGCCAGCCGCUUAGCAUGGGCGCGCUGUCCAUGUCGCAUGAUUAUCUCAAGAGUCCCAUGAGCUUAAAGUCGGAGGACAUUGACACCAUGUCGCAGCAUUCGGAUGAGCUGGAGGAGGAGCACAGUCGCGCUAAUACGCCGCAGUUGCCGCUCUCCUUAACCACACACGAGCGUCAUCGCAGCUCGCCCAUGCUGGAGGAGGAGGAAGACGAGCAGCAGCAGCAGCAGCGCGAGCAGUCUGAGCAGCUGUCGCAGCCGCUGCGCGUCAAAAGCGCUGGCAGCGACAUAACCAAUGGCGUGGACAACUCCGAGCACGAGCAGAAGCCGCAAAUCAACAAAUGCAGUCCCGAGCAUGACAACUCCAACUCCAAUGCGCAGCUUGCUGCUGAUGCUGACACUGGCAACGCUUUGGUUGAGCACAACAGCAGCCACAACAACAACAACAGCAGCAGCAGCAACAACAACAACAAUGAGCAUGAGCAUCAUGAGCAUGAGCGGCACAUGCAGCCGCUUGAGACGCCCAAGCGCAGCUCACCCAAAGAGGAGGAAGACGAACUCGAUAUGGAUGAAGACGAUGAGGACAAUGAAAACGACGUCAGUCAUCUGGAUGAGUUUCGUUCGCCCUCGCCUGAGCUUGCCGGCAGCGUUGUGCCGCACAAGGAGCAGCUGCCCUUUCCCAUGGUGCCCAACUCCAUGUUCUCGCAAUCCUUCAUGUACAUGAGUCACUACAUACCAGCCUUUGGCCAGGCAGCCGCUGCUCAUCCGCAUGCUCAUCAUGCUGCCGCCGCCGCCGCUGCUGCGGGCAUGCAGCCAAAUGCGCUCAUGGCUGGCGCUGGACUCAAUCUGUCCAGCAUUUCGAAUGAGGAGCGUCGCAAGCGCAAUCGCACCUUCAUUGAUCCUGUGACAGAGGUGCCCAAGCUGGAGCAGUGGUUCGCCAUGAACACGCAUCCCUCGCACAAUUUGAUACUCAAGUACACAGAGGAUCUAAACACGAUGCCCUAUCGGCAAAAGUUUCCGCGCUUGGAGAGCAAAAAUGUGCAGUUCUGGUUCAAGAAUCGUCGUGCCAAGUGCAAGCGGCUCAAGAUGUCCUUGUACGACAACAGCCAAUGCGGUCAGCUGGGCGCACUGGGCGGCUUUGUGCCCAAGUACGAGGAGCGCGACUAGAUGGGAGCUCAUUACCAGCAGCAGUAUAAAAUCAAAAUCAUGUCACUUUAGCACUAAGCUUUGUAUAUAUUUAAUGCCAGUUCCAAAACUAAACUAAACUAAAAAAACUUCUUUAAAAAGUCGCAAGUCUACAAGUAUUAUAGACAGUGUUUUGUCCCAGUUAGCAGUACGCCCAGUACCAUAUCUUUAAUAAAUUAAAAAGGCAAUUGCCUUAAAGUAUUUAGCAAAAAUUAGCAGCCAACUAAAUUUAAUAACUACACUACUUUAAUUUUAUAUACUACAAUUUAUAGCUAGCAGCAGCUUAUAAUAUUUAAUAUAUAGUAGUAGUAUUUACGACGAAGAUGCUGAGUUGAACUAUUUGAGUAACCAAAGAAUGCUAAUUGGUAUAUAACUAUGUGUAAAUAUGUAUGUUAAUCGAUAAACUAAAAUUAGUAGAGCACUGCAACGACAACUCGUUUUUAAUUCUUAUUCUUAUACUUUUCGCCUUCGUUUCUAGCACGUUUUCCAGCUUAGCACAUAUCUAAAUAACAAAAACAACAAACUAACUAACUUAUUGUAGUUCCAUUCAAUAUCUUGGUAUUUAAUACCAGCCCAGGCGUUUACAAUAUUUCAACUUUUGACAUAUAUCUAUAUUUUUAUUGUUUUAAGCAUACUUAGGUCUUAGUUGCAUGCGCGCAGUUGAUAAAAGAAACAAACACACACAUUUAUAACAACAACAACAACUACUCUUAAACAAGUUUAAUAAAUUGUUCCAUUAGUUACAUAAGCAUCAAAGAAAUUGCAGCUAAUAUUAACUAAAUUAAUAUGUAAUUUAUUAAAAAACAACAAAUACACAAGCAUGACAACAACUACAACAUAAAAACUCUUUAAAAAAAUACAAACGCAGCUAAAACUCACAACACAUGCAUAACAAAAAGAAAUACAAAUACUAUAUUAUAAUAUGUAUUCCC